AGAGAAGCGAGCUCGUCGUGUUUAUCUGAGACGCAGUUGAAGCUGGCUGUCGUCUGAAGGUUGGCAUUUUUCUACGGAAGCACAGGAAGCAAAAGCGUUUGCUUUAUUUUGGUGAAGAAAUCCCCGACUUGAUUUCUGAUUAGAGGAAUGGUGACCGCAAAAGAAGUCUGGAUUAAAUCAUUAGGAGGCCGUUCAUCGUACGGACUGCGACACAGAAUGGAACUGAUUGUGUUUUUUGUUUGCGCAAUAUCCUUUGCCGGUGGACAUAUUCGCUACUCAAUUCCAGAGGAGUUGAAAAAAGGUUCGCUGAUCGGUAACGUAGCGCAAGAUCUGGGUUUGGAUCUGAGAAGGCUGCGCGCUGGGCGAGCCCGCAUCGUGACAGAGGAAAACGUUCAUUACGCAGAGCUGAAGGCAGACAAAGGGAUUCUAGUCGUGAACGAGCGGAUUGAUCGCGAGCAGCUGUGUGGGGACGUGACGCCGUGCAGCUUCAGUUUUGAGAUGAUUCUGGAAAAUCCCAUGGAACUGCACAGAAUCACCGUGGAGGUUUUGGACAUAAAUGAUCACGCUCCCGCUUUUCCGAACAAAGAGAAGCCGAUCAGUUUUGAAGUGAGCGAACUCGCAGCUGUUGGAGUCCAGUUUCCGCUGCAGAGCGCGGAGGAUUUGGAUGUGGGCCAGAACGGUUUGCAAAAUUACGUUUUAUCUCCAAACGACAACUUUAUAUUGAAGCAAAAUGCGAAUCCAGAUGGAAGCAAAAACAUUGAAAUGGUGCUCCAGAAGCCUUUAGACAGAGAGCAGCAUCAACACCUGACUUUAAAAUUAAUAGCAGUUGACGGAGGAACGCCGCAAAGAUCUGGUACAGUAAAUAUAGAUGUUACUGUUUUAGAUGCGAACGACAACAUUCCAGUUUUUAGCCAGUCUGUGUACAAAACAUCUGUGGUGGAGAACACAGCAAAAGGCACGAGCGUAAUCACCGUCAACGCUACUGACGCAGACAGUGGCUCAAAUGCGGUCAUUACUUAUAGUCUGUCAAAAAUGAAAGGUAGUCCAGAAAAUAUAUUUAUUAUAGAUGAAAACACAGGUGUCAUAUCAGUGUUUAAUGUGAUCGAUUUUGAAAAGGACAACAAACAUGAGGUCAGGGUGGAGGCUAAAGAUCGAGGUGGCUUAAUUGGAACUAGUAAAGUCAUAAUUGAUGUAGUUGAUGUAAAUGACAAUGCACCUGUCAUAAAUGUGAUGUCAUUUUCAAGCUCAGUAUCUGAGGAUGCACCUGUUGGAACAACUAUAGCUAUUUUAAAUGUGAAAGAUGCAGAUUCUCAGAAAAAUGGACAAGUUAAGUGUCAGAUUAACAGUAAACUCCCUUUCAAGUUUGAGUCCUCGCUAACAAAUUAUUACAAUCUGAUUACAGAACAACAUUUAGACAGAGAGUCUGUACCAGAAUAUCAGAUAACAAUAACAGCCACAGAUUCUGGUUCUCCUCCUUUAACCAGCUCUCAAACAAUACAUCUCAAAGUUUCUGACAUAAAUGACAAUGCACCUUUGUUUGACAAAUCAUUAUAUUUUGCAUAUAUCCAGGAGAACAAUUCCCCUGGUCACUCUAUUUUUACAGUCAGUGCGCACAAUUCUGAUUGGGGUCAAAAUGCUAGAAUUACAUAUCUAAUAGAGGAUACCCAAAUCAGUGGAAGUCCGAUUUCUACUUAUGUGUCUUUAAACUCUGAAACAGGAGUUCUUAGUGCAGUUCGCUCUCUGGAUUAUGAACAAAUCAAACAGCUGGAGCUUGUGGUCAAAGCUCAGGAUGGAGGUUCUCCUCCUCUCAGCAGCAACACAACAGUUAUUAUAAAAGUCCAGGAUCAGAACGAUAACCCGCCUCAGGUUCUGUACCCGGUCCAGACUGCUGGCUCUGUGGUGGCUGAAAUGGUGCCUCGUUCAGCUGAUGUGGGCUACCUGGUGACUAAAGUGGUGGCUGUUGAUGUGGACUCUGGACAGAAUGCCUGGCUCUCCUAUAAACUGCAGAAAGCCACAGACAGGGCGCUGUUUGAAGUGGGCUCCCAGAAUGGAGAGAUCCGAACUGUCCGCCAAGUGACGGAGAAAGAUUUGCUCAAACAAAGACUGACUGUGAUCGUGGAGGACAACGGGCAGCCCUCUCGUUCAGCUACAGUCAUUGUUAACGUGGCGGUGGCGGACAGCUUCCCUGAAGUGCUGUCGGAGUUCAGCGACUUUCCACACGACAAGGACUACAAUGACAACCUGACUUUUUACUUAGUGCUGGCUCUGGCUGUGGUUUCUUUCCUCUUCAUCACGUGUUUAGUGGUCAUCAUCUCCGUCAAGAUCUACCGAUGGAGACAGUCUCGCGUCCUGUAUCACUCCAGCCUCCCUGUCAUUCCAUAUUAUCCUCCACGGUACUCAGACACUUUGGGCACAGGGACCCUGCCGCACACGUACAAUUACGAGGUGUGCAGGACUACUGACUCCAGAAAGAGUGACUGUAAGUUCGGGAGAGCUGGGAGUCAGAACGUGCUGAUAAUGGACCCCAGUUCUACAGGAACCAUGCAGCGGAUGCAGAGUGAGAAGAGCAUCCUUGAUGAACCAGACUCUCCUCUGGAGGUCAGUAAACAAUAAUUUGAUUUUGUAGUUGCCUUUUUUUGCCACAACCUUACAGAAAUACUUUAGCACCAUGGACAGCGAAGUACUGGGUUUUAAUCUUCAGUUCAAUUAGUGGGUUGAAAUUAGUCAAUCGUAUUCAAGUUUUUAUAUAGACACAGGCACACUAGAUAAAACUAAUUAAAAAAAGAAAAAAAAUGAGCUUCAUAGAUUCCACUAUUUCAUAAUGACAUCACUAUCAUACCCCGCGACCCCGA